AAAGUUAAUUGUCAGUAGUGUAUCGAUGUCGUUUAGCUGGAGAAGUUCACGCAAACAUUACAUUAAACACAACUUAAUUGUUAAUAUUUUUUAUUAAAUUAAAUAAAACAAGAUUCGAGGAAAUACUACUACACAUUAAUACUUAACGAAUUAAUUGAUAUAGUAACUAACAUAAGUAGACACAUUGUGUUGUGAAUUGUUAAAUAAGUUUAUUGUAGUUUUUGGACAAAUUUCAAUGUCAAAGAGUGAGACCUUAAUUCAAUUCACCAACUGUCGUCUGGUGCGAAAUCAUCAAUUGAUUCGAGAUGACUUAUGGAUACGGAAUGGGCGUAUUGUUAAUCCAGAACCAAUAUUUUUCGACGAAAAAGCUUUCGCCCAUAAGAAAUAUGAUUGUAAAAAUGCUAUAAUUGCUGCCGGGUACAUUGACCUUCAAAUAAAUGGAGGUUAUGGUGUAGAUUUUUCAUUUGAUACCGAUACCGUAGAAGAAGGUAUCAAUAAAGUAGCAAAAGGUUUAAUUAAAAAUGGUGUGACAUCUUUCUGUCCGACUCUCGUCACUUCACCUCCAGAAACUUAUAGAAAAGUUAUACCACGUAUACCGAAGUCAACAAAUGGUGCGGGAAUUUUAGGACUUCAUUUAGAGGGUCCAUUUAUAAAUGCACAAAAGAAAGGUGCACAUCCUGAAGAUUGUAUAAGAGAUUUGGAUGAGGGAAUGAAGACUGUGAUUGAAGUAUAUGGUUCACUAGAUAAUGUUAAAAUUCUUACUAUGGCACCGGAAAAGGAUUCCAGUGGCGAAACAAUUAGAACACUUACCGAUAUGGGUAUAACGGUAGCUUGUGGACAUUCGAUGGGUAAUUUAAAGGAUGGAGAAAAUGCUGUCAAAAAUGGAGCGUCAUUAAUAACACAUCUUUUUAAUGCAAUGCUACCGUUUCAUCAUCGGGAUCCCGGCUUGGUUGGUCUUCUAGCGUCAAAUGAAAUUCCUGAUGGAACAACAGUUUAUUUUGGCCUAAUUUCCGAUGGAGUUCACACACAUCCCACUGCCAUGCGUAUCGCUUAUCGAACACAUCCUGAGGGUUUAAUUUUGGUUACCGAUGCCAUUUCAGCAUUAGGACUAGAAGAAGGAAUUCAUCGGAUUGGUCAACUAAAGAUGGAAGUAAGAGAUUCUAAAGCUUUUAUUGCCGGAACAAAUACUCUAUGUGGUAGCAUUGCACCCAUGGAUGAAUGUGUACGAAUUUUCAAAAAAUCUACAGGUUGCUCUACUGUUUAUGCAAUCGAAGCUGCUACAUUACAUCCAGCUAAAUGUAUAAAAAUAGAAAAUUCUAAGGGAACAUUGGGUUUUGAAACUGAUGCUGAUUUCAUUCUACUGGAUGACGAUUUAAAUGUUUUAUCUACUUGGAUUAAUGGAAAGUGUGUUUAUUGUAAUGAUGCCAUUCAAUUUGACUGUUGUUAAUAAUUUCCACUUUGUCAAAAUGCCUUAAUAUUUUUUAUGUAAUUUUUAAUAAAUUUGUAACAUGCAUUUAAUGCAA